UUGUCAAUCUGAAUAUAUGUUCCCAAUUUGAAAUCUCCAAUAUUUUAAAUAAUAUCCUUUCUGGAAAACCAAAUAUAAUAUUUCCAGCAUUGCCAUUCCUCUAGUGUGCGCAUCGGGAAAUCUUAUUAGGCGAGGGUAUCCACUAGAAUAUGUGCCACAUUUCAAGUCUCUAGGUUUAAAGCUGCAAAAUGGACAGACAGCUAGGGAAGCAUAUUUUUUCAGAGAGUUUGCGCUUUUCGGGAAUAAGUUCAAUUCAUUCAGGUCUCUCAAUUCAUUCAGGGUUUUUUGUAUACUUUUUUUUAAUGGCCGCAUUCUCCUGGAUGAAUAUUACAUGUUUCGACAUAUGGAAGACAUUCGGAUCUACCGAAUCAACAAAUAUAAUAAAACGAGCACAGCAUCGACGAUUUUUGUGGUACUCUUUAUACGGCUGGGGAAUGCCCACCGUUUUGACAUCAAUUACAGCAUCACUAAGUAAAUCCGAUGUCUUACCAGAAAAUAUUCGACCUAUGUUUGGACACGGCAGAUGUUGGUUUACCUAUGAUACAAUUGGAUAUGCAAGUUUAGUGUUUUUUUCUGGACCUCUUGGUCUACUUUUUAUCAUAAAUCUUGUGCUCUUUCUGUUAACAUUGAAGUAUUGCAACAAAGUAAAAAGGGAAAUAUUUAGGAUGCAGAGCUCAAAUACUGAAAAGCAUACAUUGAGAAGCCGUUUCUUUAUGGAUAAAACAAGAUUUAUAAUGAACACAAAGCUCUGUUUUGUAAUGGGAAUUACAUGGCUUUUGGAAAUCGCAAGCAUUUUGUUGUACGAUCAUAAAAAAAACUUUUUUUGGUCAAUUAGUGAUUCAUUCAACGUUUUGCUGGGCGUCUUUGUUUUUAUAAUAUUCGUUUUUAAAAAACGGGUAUGGAAAGAAAUCAUGAUAAAACUAGGUUUUUGGUCAACUAAUGAUCGGCGAAGAAAUCCAAACGUGACUUCCAUAACGCAAUCAACGUGUCUAAAUCAAAGUAUAUCUAUGAAAAAACUUGGUGAUGGUAACGUUGAUAAAGCACUUAUAAGAUGA